AUGGGGAUACCCGUCCCGGACUUCGAUUCGUUUCACGCGGCCGAUUCCGGGAAACCUCGGGAAGUAUUACACGAGGAGAAGCCGAAAGAGGACCGGAGAGAAGAAGCGGGACACGGAAGACCGACGGACCUCGAUGUCGCAAAGCUCGCCGUCAUGUCCGGUCUUGCUUUAGCUGGAUUCCAAGCCGUGAGUGCCGGAGUGUUGAAGGGCCUCUUAGGAGGCCGUCUCUUAGACCUCGGAACUAGUGCGGUGAACGAUAUCACGACAGCUAACGUCCCAAGAAUACUGACAUUCGCCACAGAAGUCCCCAUCGACGAACCUGUGUCCAGCUUGUUGGCCUUGAGUGCCAAUGUUUCAGCGACCUCCUUGUGGGCCUUGCGGUCCGCUAUUGCGUCGAUGGACGGCUUCUCGCCUGUCGUGACUUCGGCCGGGAGCCCCGUGCCGAUCUUAGCGCACCAAUUUCGGCAAUUCGCUCAUGGAUCGUCGCCAGCAGUUAUCGGUGUGCCUUUGACCCGGAGUUCUGUCCCAAUCUCAGCGACACAGUUCUCAGAGUUCACGGCCGCCGCUACAAGAGUCGUUCCGAAUGCCUUUUCGGCUUUGCAGACCCUCAUGGGACGCGGAGCACCGAUGGCGACGCAAACAUUGCCCAUUGCUAUGGAGGAAUUUACGAGGAUCACGUCUCCGAUCGCCACCGUCCGAUGGUCCUCGGCCGCCUCGCAGUUUCUGGCUGUUGGGAUCCCACAGAUUGCAGCAGGAGUAUCGACGGCAACCGUGGGUACUACGAUCAGCACGGCUGAGAGCGUCCUCCCAGCGAUGGGCUUUUUGAGCCUUGGACAACUUUCUCAGCUCGCGUCGUCGAACGCAGUCUCGGGUGUCACGAAAGUCUUGGGAUUAAUCCCGUCCAUGAGUCCGGCGCUGGUCCUCGCGCUCGGGGGAGUUGCGGCUGCUGUUGCUGGAUCCGUGGCUUUGAGAUAUUACAUGAAUCUAUACCCGGAUGCCGGUCGCGCAUACUAUCUUGAUGACGAGAACAUGCCGCCGGACGAAGAUGCGGCUAUACGCAAAAAUAUUCGUCCGGAAGAUAUAGACAUGAAGUUGGAAGACGUGGACAAAUUGCUGAAUACGCAAAAACGGUUUCUGGGUAUCGCUUGGACGAAAAAAUUCAUCAGGUGUACCAUGCGAGCUCAAUUACUACGGCAAUCGAGUCAGGAACAGGGAAGGGAGGGCCUCCGCUGCCCCCGCCGCCGCCCGGAGGGAAGGGAGGGCCUCCGCCGCCCCCGCCGCCGCCCGGAGGGAAGGGAGGCCCACCGCCGCCCCGCGCCCCCGCCCGGAGGGAAGGGAGGCCCACCGCCGCCGCCACCGCAGCCAGGUCGAGGAGGGCCGCUGAAUAGAGGGAUGCCUCUCGAGUUGACGCACAAGGAGGUGGACCAGAUCUCGACGACCGGCGUUUUUAAACGGAAAAAUUGGGAUAGAUUGAAAGUAUUAUGGAGGCUUCAAUUCAUUGCGAAUCCGGAGGUCGAAAACGGUGCGUGGUUUCAGGUGUCCGGUCUGAGCACGAACCCUUUCCAAGCAGAGGCCGAGAAGAGAGCGAAAAUCCAGGCAAAAAACACCAUGACCGACUACAUUCUCAACAUGUCUACCUAUUUCAUGAAAGACAUGUGGGCUUUAUUUGAUAUUAUUGGCGUUCUUCGGAAUCUACGGGAUGCAUGGGCGGCGGAAGGUAGACCUCAGAUCCUCGAAACGUUCGAUCUGAAGCUCGAAAAUGUCAGGCCCGUUCUGGACAAAUCCGGCAAACCGAUUGUCAUCAACAAUCUAAAUAUCGACGAGAUUUACCAGGCGUUGAAGAACGAGUUGAACGCUGAGAACGUCAUCAUGAACUGGCUGAAACGUGUUUCGAAGGAGUAUAUGAUGUACUGUGUGAUCUAUUCGCACAUACUCGUUAACUUGUUGCGAGUGUCACGACCAGAGGGUCCUAUGCCUUUCAAGAAUUCGAUAAUGGAGAUGCUGGGAGCUAUGCUGCUAGCCAAUCCUGCGCGAAAGUACCCUUUGCCUGAGAGGUUGUGGACCGCGGACGAAGCAUUCAAAAAGCUCUCGGAAACAUACCCCGAAACGGAGAAGUUGGUGGAUCGAGUCGUCGUGAGGUAUAACGAACGAAAAAUCCCGACAAAAGCUCAAAAAGUCGCACAGAAUACCCAAAGCCAGAAUCGAGAAGCCCCGAUUAUUAAGGUUUUGAGUGAUUUCAAGAAAAUGCAGAUUCGCGACACUAUCGUGAUGUUUUACGCCUUGGAGGACAUACUAGACCACUUGGAAAAGGGUGGCACCACCUAUGACUACCACAACGUGACUUCCUAUCACGAGGCCAUGCUCAAGCACUACCAAGAAGAUGCAGAGCAGCCUAGGAAGAGAGGAGAUCUUGAUGCUCAAGCACGACAGGAUAGCUUGCGUACUAGAAUAGUGGAACGGUACGGAGACGUGGAUGUCAUCACGAUGAAAAUGAACAACGCGACUUUGGUCGAUAGUGCCGAAGUACUUCCGCAGGGUGAAGACGGUUCCUUUAAACCCAAUGACUUCCUUCAGAAGAUGCGAGAGGAUGGCAACAAACCAGAAAUCACAACCGCUACUUUGGUCUUUCUUUUCAAUGAUGUGAUGACCAUGGCCAGAAGAUUCGACAGAUCAAGAGAUUUGUGGGACAACUAUUUCGCAAACGUACGUAAGGCGACUGAGCAGGGCAACAUCGAUGUUGCAACGAGAAUACCUUUUCCACCACGGUCAUUGUGGAUCGUCAAAGAAAAGCCAAAAUUGGGGGAGCCCGAACAAGUGCUGGAUGUCCAUAUAGAAAAUCGAAAGUACGGAAGUGAAGUUCUAUCGCCGAACAAUAUGAAUGUUCUCCUGACGGUUCAGAAAACAAUGUUCAAAGCAGAUGGCUUGAUGUCAAAGGUGGUGGGCUUCAUGGUGAAAAGGAUCAAUGACGGACAGAAGACAGUCAUGAACAAUCAGGACAAUAGGGAAUCACAGAAAGUGGCGAUAAAUCAGGUCGUAUCGGAUUGGGAGAAUCUACUCAAGAACAAGGAACCGACACCGGUUGCUCAAAAAUAA